GAGGAGAAAAAAAAAAAAAGACUAGAUGUACGUCUGAUCCGUGACACAGAUUCGUGCGACGGAGAAUUAUCAAGUUUAUCCGACCGAAUCGGUGACUGAUAAAUAGAUAGGAAGUGAUAUACUUUUCUAUAUUACUGAUAAUAUAUAAAUAAAUAUAUAUUUAUAUAUAUAUAAAUGAAGCAGUUAUACAUGCGUAUAAUAACAAGAGAGGGCGACAGAGCGAGACUAAAUACUGGAUGCUUUUGAAUUCGCCUGUUAUCCUGGGACGAAACCACCUUCGAAGUUGACACUAUACGUGGCUCUGGACUCACAGUCGAAAUAUAAUCACCUCCUCGGAUUUUGUUUUUAUUCCACAAAAGUUUCAGAUCUCGCACAAGUGAUUAUCCAGGACUCAUAAAGCCACAGUUUAACACAGUUUUCAUGUUGUAUAAGUGAGUUUGAUUAUAACACACCCCACUGGAUGGGAUGCCAAUCACUUGUAGGGUCAACUUCCCAGCUAUUGCUGGGACUCAUUUAAAGCUGAGUGAAAAUGAGAAAUUUGAAAUAAAAUGCUGUGCUCAGGAACACAAUGAAUCACCCAGUCCAAGAACUGAAACCAUGGUCUUGUGAUUGAGAGUGCAACACCCUAACCACUAGGCCAUGCAUCUUACUGCUUUAUUUCUGUCCUUGCCUAGAUUACAACUUAUAGAAAUACAGAAAGACAAAGAAAGGUAAAAUACAUACAAGUUAUUGAUAUGGCAACCCCGUAUCGCCUAGAGGCCAUUCAUUCCUCAAGACAGCAACACGCUGGCAGGAACUUUAUUGGACGACAUGACGAGAGGGAAAAACUGAAAAACUUGAUUAAGGAUGAAAAUACUCAAAUAAUACAAAUCUUUGGCCUACCAUAUGUUGGUAAAACAAGUCUCAUCAAAACUGUCUGUCAAGAAUUGAAGGAUGAAAUCAACCCCGAAAGACUCCACAUAAAACACAUCCAUAUUUCUAAUAAUAGCAGUUGGUCUGAUAUUUCCAACAUGCACAAUACAUUCACCAAUUGUUCUAGUAUCACCAAUACGAAAUGGAAAAUUUGUAUUUUUGAUGAUUUCCAGAACAUUCAAGAAAGCUUCCUUCCAGGUUUCCAGGAGCUUUGCGACAAUGACUUUCCACUGCACCCAAAUCUAAAAAUCAUUCUCAUAUUAAGUGGUGGAAAACCAUUUCAGUUUGAUGGAAUCAGGUUUGGAAAGUGUAAAGUGAGUCCAUUGUCCAUUAAAGACGGACAGCAUCUUUUCUGCCGCUGUUCAAACAUUGAGAAAGAUGAUGAUAAUGAAGAGCAAAUACACAACAUCAUCAGAUAUGCCUGUGGCCUGCCAGGACUUCUUAUUUACUUUGCAGAAAAAAUCUCCCAGUUUUAUCAUUUAUCUUUUGAUGAUAUCUACAAAAUGAUUUGUGAUGAAACCAGCAUCAAUGAUUUGCUGGACGAAUGUACAAUUAACAGACGUAAUAUUAAGCAAGAAAUGGACAAGUAUUUUUCUCAACUCUCUCAGAAACAGCAAGAUGCUCUCAAAGUGCUUUCAUAUUUUCCUGGAAGAUUUGGUAUUGAGGAAGCUGUUGAAAUGACUGAUUCUUCUAGUCAACCAGCUUCCAAGAUGCAUGUUUUGAUGCCACUUGUCGAACAAGGUUUGAUCAAUUCAGAUUUAGAAUUACAGAAUUUCCAAGUACAAGAAUUAAUACGUGCAAUUACUAAACAACAGAUUGACAAUGUACACAGCAAUGAUUUGGUAAAGCUCAAAUAUACAAACAUUAUUGGGAAAAGUCUGAUGAAGGCUCAAGAUAUUUUUGAUAAAGGUUUCAUACAUGAAGCACUCGGAAUAAUGAAGAACAACUGGGAAAAUAUUUCAUUUAUUUUGAAGAGAGGGAUUGAUGCACCCGCAGAUGGAAGGACAUAUGGAGCUUAUUAUGAGAUAGCCACAAAAGCUUCACAAAUACUUUGGUUAUGUUACCCAGCAGAAUCACAGGAUUUUCUCUUGGCAUGUCUACAAAAUUCCAUGUUAUUUGGCAAUGAAGAAGAGAAGGCAUUGAUGAAUAUAGCAUAUGGCAUAUCUUUGACAAAUUUACCUGGUUUGGGAGGCUACAUGGAAGCUAUAUCAUACUAUGAGAAGGCUAUGAAGGUUUUGGAAACUAGAAACCUACAAUAUCGACAAAUGCUGUUAUACAAUAGCAUGGCUUACAACUACCAUAUGCAGGGCAAAUAUGUCGAAUCCUUGAAUUCUGCAGAAAAAGGCUACAGCAUGGUCGUCAAAGAUGUCAGUCCUCAGAUGGCGCAACACGUGAAGAUCAACUCUGCCUCUAUCAUGGCCUACAACCUCUCGCUCAUUGGUUACUAUGAUAGAUGUGAAAAACUACUGUCAGAAAAUUUGGGGAAAAUUCCAUCACAUCAUCCCAGUCUAGCUAUUAUGUUAAAUACAAUGGGUAUUAAUUAUGAAAGGAAAGGCUCACAGAAUGACGAAGCGUUCAUUUUUUAUAAUGCUUCUCUAAGGGAAAGAAUGAAAGUUGCUCCAAUAAAUCCCAGAUUAUCUGUCGUGGCGAAUUGUAAUGUGGCAAAAUUAAUGUCUCGUGAUCGUGGAAACCAUGAAACCGCACUGAGAUUCCUCUCGAAAUCGAAAGCCAUUCUAAAGAAACAAAGUUGGCACCAUCUGAUUACUUCUGAACUGUUGAACCAGACUGGUCAAGUGUAUUUGAGGAUGCAUGACAUGAGCAGUGCUCUACAAGCAUUCCUGGAGUCGUUGUACAUCUACAACAAGAUCGAUCCCAACAACAGUGCCAAAAUCGAGGUUCUUAACAUCGUUGCCCACUGCAGUCUUCUUCAAGAGUCAUUCGAUAAUGCCAGGGAAUAUUUCCAGGAUGUUCUGCAAGUCAACCCCAAAGCAACUAUGAGCUGUGUCCUAGAAGUUGAAGGUUACGCAAUAGCUAUGGAACAUCUUGUCUACCUUAGUUUUGAGAGUUGUGAGGACCAGAUGGCUGCUUUGGAGAAUCUUCUAGAAGAAUUACGUCAGAUCAAUAAACUUAGUGUUAAUAUGGAACAAAAAAUGCAAUAUUCAAGUGCCAUUGCCAAGUACCAAGGACUGAAAAUACAUCUUCUUAAAAAAUUCGACUACCGUAACAAAAGAACCGGCCUCCUUAUAGAUUCGCUUCCUGUAAUUUGUGACAUCUGCCAAGACUACAAACGUUAUGUAAAUUGCUCACAAGAGAAUUAUAUUUUUAAGUUGUGUGGAUUGAGAUCACAUAUAAAGGACUUUGAUCUUCAAGAAUUAAGUUUACAAAGUUAAAUGAUUAUUUCACUAACAUUGUUCAGCAUUUUUCCAUGGAAACGGUUUAUUGGUAAGAUAAGAUGAAAGGGAAAUGAUGAAUCAGAUGAGACUAAAUUCCUUAUUCUAUUAUAUUCUAAUAAACUUAUUUGUUCUCUUUA